AUGAUUUUGUUUGGUUCAUUAAUUAUUUCAAAUGUACGUCAAUCUCAACGUCGUAUUCACACAUUACAAUUAGGGAGUGUUGCAGCUACUAGGAAUAGGCCGGUGGCAUCAAAUAGUGAAAAUUCAGUGAUAAAAUUUGGGCAGAAAACAGAUCGUAGCCUUCUUCUAAUGCUUCUGUCUCAAGUUAUUCUCAUUGCCAUUUUCACUGUUCCGUUGUGUCUUGACAAAUUUUAUUCAUCAUUCUCUGGCGAUUAUGGAUCUCCGCUGGUAUUAGCCACGAAUGCCUUCGUAUAUGAUUUUGCCAUUCUGGUAUACGAUAUAUCAAAUGGUAUAACAUUCUAUGUUUACACAUUGUGUGGUGGAACUGUGUUUCGAAAAGCAUUGUAUGAUUUUAUUAUGUCGGUGAAAGUUAAAAUGGGAUGUCACUAG